AUGGCCGAGAGCAGUUUGCGCGACGAUCGCAGCGAGAUUGCUCGUUCGGUGGAGUACAGUUCGUUUCGUUCUUCUGUGCCCCUGCAACACAUUAGUGUGCAGAUUGGCAAACAGACUUUCACAUGGCGACUCUUUGAUCAUGGUCCACGCACCAUCAAGAACCCGAUUGUCUUCCUACCGCCCGUCUCUGGCACGGCCGAUGUCUGGUUUCGUCAGAUGAUGCCACUGGCCAGCCUCGGAUUUCGCUCGAUCGCGCUUUCCUAUCCCGAGGGCAUUCAAGAUAUCGACACUUUUUGUACGGCGCUAGCACAACUCUGCAGUCAGCUCAAGCUUAAAAACCUUCACAUGGUUGGUGCCAGCCUGGGUGCUUUCCUGGCACAAAAGUUUGCCCAGUUUACGAGUACCCAGCCCGAUCAACGGAUCCGUGUAGCCUCCCUCUUUCUCAUCAACGGCUUUACCGAUACGGCCGUCUUUGAUCUUCCUCCCCCCACACUGCUCAAAUGCUCGCCCCUCUUCUUUCUCCGUUGGCUCCUGCUGGAUAAUCUGCGCGCUGAUGGACUUCACCCGGACAUUGCUGAAUCAACUGACUUUAUGGUUGAACGGUUGGAGGAGCUGACACGACGGGACUUGCUUUCACGUCUCCUGCUCAACAUCAAGCCUGCCUAUGUCGAGCCUCACCACAUUACCAAUCAGGGUGUCAAGGUGACAAUUAUGGAUGUCAAUGACGACUGUGUCAUCUCUGACCGCGUCAAGGACGACCUUUACAAGAGCUUUCCUCAGGCCAAGCUCGCGCAACUCAAAGAGGGCGGCAACUUCCCAUACUUGGCCCGUUCUGACGAAGUCAACAUUUUCAUCAAGAUCCACUUGAUGAGAUUUGCAGGAACGGCCGCAUCUGCCUGUGACAGCGACAGCUUUAACGCCACGGGGCCCAUUCUGGAUGAAGGCGAGGAAGAUGCUUGGGCAUCAGUUCCCGAGAAUAGUGAUGGUGAAGAAAAGAGCCCCGCACAUGCGGAUCCAAUGCCCAACCCACAAGCAGCGCCAGUUGCCACCAACGCACCCGAGCCCGUGGCUUCUGCCGUUGCCGCCCCCGCACCAGCGGUGGCCACCCGUCCACACGGGAAGAAAAAGAGAUCAAAGCAGCAGCGGGCGGAUCUCGUGGGCGACGCAACUUUUGAUGAUAUUGACGACGACGCACUGUGA